GAUUUCCUAUUGGGUUCCUACAAUUAAUAGGGGAAACAGAAGAGCGGUAUAAAUUGGCCUUGCUAGGACAGAAACACAUUUUCACUGGUUGCGUCCUUAGCGGUGCUGAAGUUUGGUGGAACAAAUCAAUAAUGUAGGCAAUUUAAAUUGUAAUACAGUUUAAAUUGGCUAUAUUACUGAAUUAGAUACAAACUGUUCCCGAAUUCGGACAACGUUAAUGAAAACCAGACUCAUCGACGCCAUGAAGACCAAUUUUAUUAUCCUCUUUUGUAUUCAUGGAGCUUUAUCGGUGAGACAUUCCCUGCGCUACUUCUACACAACCUCCUCAGAAAUCCCAGCCUUCCCUGAGUUUGUGGACAUGGGGAUGGUGAAUGAUCAGGUCAUUAGCCACUAUGACAGCAUCACGAAGAGGAAGGUCCCCAAGCAGAGCUGGAUGGAGACGUUUUUUGACCAGCAGUAUUGGGAUAGCACCACAGAGAACCUGAAAAGUGCAGAGAGCAUUUUCAAAACCAACAUUCAGAUAGCACAGAAGCGUUUCAAUCAAACAGGAGGCAUACACAUUAGCCAGGACAUGUAUGGCUGUACAUGGGAUGAUGAGACAGGAUUCACAGAAGGGUUUCACCAUAUUGGAUAUGAUGGACAAGACCUCCUGACAUUUGACGUGAAGACGGCGACAUGGAUUGCCUUAGUCCCGCAGGCUCUCCACUCCAAAAUGAAGUGGGAAAUGGACCUGUCUGGCAUUAAGAGCAAGAAAAGCUACCUCACCCAGGAUUGCAUUGAGUGGCUGAAGAAGUACCUGGACUAUGGGAAGACUACUCUGCAGAGGACAGUCCCUCCCUCAGUGUCUCUGCUCCAGAAGACCCCCUCCUCUCCAGUGACCUGCCACGCUACAGGUUUCUACCCCAGUGGAGUCAUGGUGUUCUGGCAGAAAGAUGGGCAAGAACAGCAUGAAGAUGUGGAGAAUGGAGAGACUCUCCCAAACGAUGAUGGAACCUUCCAGAAAAGCACCCACCUCACAGUGACGCCUGAGGAGUGGAAGAACAACAAGUAUCAGUGUGUGGUUCAGGUCACUGGUAUCAAGGAGGACUUCAUCAAGGUUCUGACUGAGUUUGAGAUCCAGACCAACUGGGGUGACCCAGCCCCCAACUGUAUCCCCAUCAUUGGAGGGGUGGUAGCUCUCCUCCUGGUCGUUGUUGUUGUUGGGGUUGUCAUUUGGAAGAAGAAGAGCAAGAAAGGCUUUGUUCCAGCCAGCUCUUCCGACACUGACUCUGACAACUCUGGGAAAGGUCUCCUGAAGAUUUGAGAAACCUCUGCACUUCUGUAACAUCAGAGAGCUGAAGAGGACCGCAACGGAAAUAACAAACGGAAACUUCAGUCUCACACACACACUGAACACAUGAUCCAUAUAUAAAACAUCUGUAGUCAGAAAUAUUCUUUGGUAAUUUCCUUAGGUUUUACUUUCAUUUCAUUGAUGGUUUGGCUUUUGAAAAGUUGUGCUGUAAUUUUGUGGAAUUAUAUAAUGUAAUAUUACAACUGUGUCAGAUGUAUAUUAGAGCCAAUGGAACACUCGGCCGUACAGGUAAAUGUAGUAUAAGAUACAGUAAUUGUGUGAUGUUAAAGCUUUGCUCACACUAUCGUGUCUAGCUGAUAGUUAUACAAUUUAACAAGGCCUGUCUACGUGUUCCAUUUGUACAUAUUUCACUUGAAGUGGUGGUAUUUUUCUUUCUUUUUGGGCGAGUAGGUUCUGUAGAAUAAGUUGGUGAUGGGUCAAGUUAAACAACAACUUUUUUUGCAAGUGUUUGUGCUUUGUACAUUAUGGAUGCUCUACACAUAAAGCAAUGAUCUACCACAUCUUAUGCAAGUCACAUAUUCUACAAGUGGAGGAGAGAUCGACUUCAUCACAGCUUUUAUUUAUGAGAGGUACUGACGUGUUGAAUGCACCGAGCUGUCUGUCUAAACUACUGGCGCACAGCUCGGACACCAUGCAUACCCCACAAGACUGUCUGUGUGGGUGGACCAUUUCAGUUUGUCCGUGAUGUGUACGCCGAGGAACUUAAAACUUAGAUAAAGUUUAUCUAGAUAAAAAUUGUUUUUUGAACAAGUCAUUAUUCCAAAUGGAGUUUUCUUUGUGUCACAUAACAAACAUAACUUCAUAUCAAAUUUUUGUAACCCUAGAGACUAAUAGAUCCUAUUCAACUUCUAAUCCCAUUUGAAAAUGGCUAAAUAUGUUUUGCAUAUCCAAUCAUCAGAUGAAAUCAGCUGUCUUUUCAAUAGAAAAUAUAAUGUUUUUCAUUCUUCCUGAGUUGGAAUGUCACAGAAUUUCCUGAUCGUUUUGCGAAAUGCAGAGAAACAAAGUGUCAAGAUAGUCUCAGGUUAUAGAAUCCAUCUGAUAAACAGGCUAUGGCCUCUGCUUUGUCCUUACUUCCUGGGGUAUGUGCCAAAUGCCUGUUUUCUGUUGACAGUAACAAAGUCUAUGAACAGGGUCAGAUAUUUAUUUUACCACCCAUUGUUUAUGUUAGGAUUGUGAGUAGGGUAAUCUGAUCCAAGAUUUGUGAUGAGGCAACUUCUUAUUUUUAUUUUCAUUUUCCCCACUAAUGGUUAAGGGUAGGGGAAGCUGAUCCUAUAUCUAUCUGUACCUAGGGGAAACUUUACCACGGAGCGACGAAGACACCCAAAAGUCAUGACUCAUCAGGUGAUUCCUCUCAAACAGUGGUGAGAAGAGUUAAUCUACCUAUAGAUGACACUGUGAUAUUGUUGAUCCUUCACUGUAGACAUAUUGGACUGAUGGUUUGUUGCUUUUAUGAUUCUUAUCAGGGUUUGAUUUGGUUAUUGAUUUAGUUUUCCCGUCAAAAGUACCAGAACACACUGUGGGAGUGGGCAAGAAUUCAGGAACACAUUUUCAUUGGGGAGAGAAAAUGAGUGUCCAAAGAUGACUUGGUUGGACUUGUAGGCUUGUUACUGUAGUUAUGGUCAAAGAGUUUUCAGCUAGUAUCCACUGGCUCUGUUCUAGUUCUUUCAGUAGCCUAUAGUCUUAGUGAAACAAAAACCCUUCUUAAAUGAAAAUGUGUCACUGUAAUAGGCCUACGUCCCACUCGGCAGUAUGGAUAUGAAAAAAGAUCCCCAUGUGUCGGCCAUCUUAUGAUUGAGGAUAGAUAGACACAAGAUAGCUGCAUACUGAGGCUCUUACAUGAAAGGGUGUGGUAUUUACCUCAACACUGUUUGACACCACCUUCCUCUGUGUGUGUGUGUGUGCGCGCGCUGCUCAUGUUUCUCUGUGUGUGUGUGCACAGUACUUUGAUUGCAUUUCUAUGCUGUAUUAUUUUGUUGCUGUGUUUUUCAGUGUGAUGAUAUAAAACAAUUUAAUAUCACAUGGAGCUAGAUCCAACAUGAUUCACCUCCUUCAAUGGGUCACAUCCAGUACGCCAAAUAAAGCUCUGACCUUAACCUGA